AUGGUCUUUGGAAAGUUCCUCCCCUUUCUGGCUCUAAGCAGCCUGUGGAUCCUGUGCCUGGCCAGCAGCCUCCAGGCAGCACCUUUGAAGCCAACCUUGGAGAGCAGCUUAGACCUGGCUACCCUCAGCGACCAGGAAAAGCGCCUCCUGGUGGCUGCACUGGUGCAGGACUACGAGCAGAUGAAGGCCAGGAAGCUGGAGCAGAAGGAGCAGGAGACUGUCGACUCCAGUGCCCAGAAGAGAGCCUGCAAGACUGCCACCUGUGUGACCCAUCGGCUAGCCGACUUGCUGAGCAGGUCAGGGGGUAUGGUGAAGAACAACUUUGUGCCCACCUAUGUGGGUUCCAAAGGCUAUGGCCGGCGCCGCAGGGACCUUCAGGACUGA